ACAAACCAAGCCCGGGACUGGGAAGGAUCGGAGGAAUAAGGGAUCUAGCGGUGUGCGCAACACAUGGUCAGCCAGGAUCUCCGUGUGCGCGGCCACCAGCAACUAACUCCCCCUACUUACUCGUGCCGCUGGGCCAUCCGGUGGAUCCGGACACCCGGCAACCGCAUGAGCAGAGCUGACUGACUGCAGAGCCGCCACUUCGUCAUUUCGCGAUCUGCUACUCCUAUAAACAGGCGAGGAGCCCCGCACCUCCUCUCCAUUUCUCUCUUCUCGCCAUAGCAGAGCUCGAGGUCAAGUUCGGCCAUCAUAUCAUCCAUUCCAUCCAUGGGGACGCAAACACCGCCCCAGAGCUUCUCUCCUCAAAAGGAGAAGGACGACGGCGGCAGGACGCAACAGGAGAAGUCGAUCGAUGAGUGGCUCCCAAUCAACUCCUCCAGGAAGGCCAAGUGGUGGUACUCCGCCUUCCACAAUGUCACCGCCAUGGUCGGCGCCGGCGUGCUUGGCCUUCCCUACGCCAUGUCCGAGCUCGGCUGGGGCCCUGGCAUCGUGGUGAUGAUCCUGUCAUGGAUCAUCACGCUGUACACGCUAUGGCAGAUGGUGGAGAUGCACGAGAUGGUGCCAGGGAAGCGGUUCGACCGCUACCACGAGCUCGGGCAGCACGUGUUCGGCGAGCGGCUGGGCCUCUGGAUCGUCGUGCCGCAGCAGCUCGCCGUGGAGGUGAGCCUCAAUAUCAUCUACAUGGUCACCGGCGGCCAGUCCCUCAAGAAGUUCCACGACGUCAUCUGCGACGGCAAGUGCAGCGACUUCAAGCUCUCCUACUUCAUCAUGAUCUUCGCCUCCGUCCACUUCGUCCUCUCACAGCUCCCCAACUUCAACUCCAUCUCCGCCGUCUCCCUCGCCGCCGCCAUCAUGUCGCUUAGUUACUCCACCAUUGCGUGGGGCGCAUCACUGGACAAGGGGAAGGGCACAGACGUGGACUAUAGUCUGCGCGCGACGACGACUCCAGGGAAGGUGUUCGACUUCCUCGGGGGCCUAGGGGACGUCGCGUUCGCGUAUUCGGGGCACAACGUGGUGCUGGAGAUCCAGGCUACCAUCCCGUCCACGCCGGAGAAGCCAUCUAAGAAGCCCAUGUGGAAGGGUGCCUUCGUCGCCUACGUCAUUGUCGCGAUCUGCUACUUCCCCGUCGCAUUCGUUGGGUACUGGGCCUUUGGCAGUGGUGUCGAUGAGAACAUCCUCAUGACGCUCUCCAAGCCUAAGUGGCUCAUUGCCCUCGCCAACAUGUUUGUCGUCAUCCAUGUCAUUGGCAGUUACCAGGUUUAUGCCAUGCCAGUGUUCGACAUGAUAGAGACGGUGCUGGUGAAGAAACUGCGGUUCGCUCCAAGCUUCACUCUCCGUCUUAUUGCCCGGAGUGUUUACGUUGCGUUCACAAUGUUUGUAGGCAUCACUUUCCCCUUCUUUGGUGGAUUGCUCAGUUUCUUUGGCGGAUUAGCCUUCGCACCAACAACUUAUUUUCUUCCCUGCAUCAUGUGGCUCAAGGUCUACAAGCCCAAACGCUUCGGCCUUUCAUGGUUCAUCAACUGGAUCUGCAUUGUUAUUGGAGUGCUGCUGCUGGUUCUGGGUCCGAUAGGAGGGAUGCGGCAGAUUAUUUUGUCAGCCAAGACAUACAAAUUCUACCAGUAAAAUUGUUUAACUGGAGUUGUAAGCAUCACAAGAUUCUAAAGGUCAGAGACUUGUCCCGUUGUCUCAAAUAAAUUUAAUAGGGUCAACUGGACGCAUCAACUGGGAAUACGAUAGAUGGCUUCAAAUUCAAAACAUGAUCCUGCUGAUGAUGUGGCUGUUUUGUUCCCUUUGGAUUAAAUCAGGGUUCGUUUUGAGUUAAUCAUAGGCAUAACCACAUAAAUAUGCUACUUUUUUUUAUGUUUCCUAGGGUUGAUUGGCUUUUAUGUACACGAGGGAGAUUGAUGCUAGUGGCUUGUAGGAGUAUUUCUAUCAUCCACAGCAUACUGUAUCUUGUACUUGGAACGUUAAAAGAGCAAGCAUUAAUUAUUAUGGUGUGUUGGACUUUGCAGCUUUCACAUC